AUGCCAGUUGUCGCUGUUGCUGGUGGCACCGGAGGACUUGGUCGGGCUUUGGUUGACGCUAUCAUUGCUACUGGAAAGUAUGAGGUCAAGAUUCUGAGCCGGCAGUCAAAUCCCGCCCUGGAGGCAGAGCUCGACGUCACGGUUCUUGCGGUCGACUACAGCAACAUCAAUGCUGUUACUAAGACUCUAGAGCAGCACAAUGUUCACACUGUUAUCUCUGCAUUGAGUCUUCUGCCAUUCAACGGUCCACCCAAGGAGGUUGAGCUCAUUCGUGCCGCCGACGCGUCCAAAACGACCAAGCGUUUCAUUCCUAGCGACUGGGGGUUUCAUCCCGAUAGCUAUGUUAAGGAGGACGAGGGCCGCAUUCCGUUCGUGGCUUACAAACGUUUAUCGCAGGCCGAACUAGCCAAGACUGUCGAUUUAGAGCACACGAGCUUUGUCAAUGGUUUCAUACUUGACUACUGGGGUAUGCCACAUAUCAAAACAUAUAUGUCUCCCAUGACCGACGUAGUCGAUAUAAAACACAACGUCGCGGCUAUUCCUGGGUCCGGAGAUAUGCCCAUCAUCUUCACUCUGACGGCUGAUAUCGCAAAAUUCGCCGCGGCUAGCUUGUCACUCGAGAAGUGGGAUCCAAUAUCGUAUAUCAUCGGUGACAGGGUGACCUGGAAUGAGUUUGUCCGCCUUGCAGAGGCUGCUAAGGGCACCAAGUUCAAAGUCACUUAUGAGAAUCUCGAGCUUCUAGAGCAAGGGAAGGUGACAGAACUCCCUUCUCAUGUGCCAAUGUAUCAAUUUGUGCCCAAAGAAAUGCUUCAGAUGAUUCUAUCAACAUUCGGCUUAUGGACUGCAAAGGGGGCUUUUGACUUCAAAGCUGACAAAACCCUGAAUGAGAUCUUCCCCGAUAUUAAGGCUACUACUGUCGAGACUCUGCUCAAUCUGGCAUGGAAACAGACAUAG